GAAGAGGCUCCAGGCGGGAGUUUUGUGACAAAGGCGAGACCUCCAAGUCUCUUAGAGUCGUGAAGAAGGCAGCCAGCCGGGCUCCUGUGCAUUCCACCCAGAUGGAUUAUAAGUCCAGCCUGAUCCAGGAUGGGAACCCCAUGGAGAACCUGGAGAAGCAGCUGAUCUGUCCCAUCUGCCUGGAGAUGUUCACCAAGCCUGUGGUCAUCCUGCCCUGCCAGCACAAUCUCUGCCGGAAGUGUGCCAACGACAUCUUCCAGGCUGCGAAUCCCUACUGGACCAACCGGGGUGGCUCGGUGUCCAUGUCUGGAGGUCGCUUCCGCUGUCCCUCCUGCCGCCACGAGGUGAUCAUGGACCGUCACGGGGUGUACGGGCUGCAACGGAAUUUGCUGGUGGAGAACAUCAUCGACAUCUACAAGCAGGAGUGCUCCGGCCGGCCCCUGCAGAAGGGCAGCCACCCCAUGUGCAAGGAGCACGAAGACGAAAAGAUCAACAUCUACUGUCUCACGUGUGAGGUGCCCACGUGCUCCAUGUGCAAGGUGUUCGGGGCGCACCAGGCCUGUGAGGUGGCCCCACUACAGAGCGUCUUUCAGGGACAGAAGACAGAGCUGAGUAACUGUAUCUCCAUGUUGGUGGCGGGGAACGACCGUGUGCAGACCAUCAUCACCCAGCUGGAGGACUCCUGUCGAGUGACCAAGGAGAACAGCCACCAGGUGAAGGAAGAGUUGAGCCGGAAGUUUGAUGCCCUGUAUGCCAUCCUGGACGAGAAGAAGAGUGAGUUGCUGCAGCAGAUCACACAGGAGCAAGAGGAGAAACUCAGCUUCAUCGAGGCCCUCAUCCAGCAGUACCGGGAGCAGCUGGAGAAGUCCACCAAGCUGGUGGAGACGGCCAUCCAGUCCCUAGAUGAGCCAGGAGGGGCCAUCUUCCUCUUGAGUGCCAAGCAGCUCAUCAAAAGCAUUGUGGAAGCUUCCAAGGGUUGCCAGCUGGGCAAGACAGAGCAGGGUUUUGAGAACAUGGACUACUUUACUUUGGACUUAGAGCACAUAGCAGAUACCCUGAGGGCCAUCGACUUUGGAACAGAUGAGGAAGAGGAAGAGUUCAUUGAAGAAGAGGAUCAGGAAGAGGAAGAGCCCAUGGAGGGGAAGGACGAAGGUCACCAGUCAGAAGCUGAAUGAGGGAGAGACCCUCUAGAUGCAGAG